AUGGACUGGCUCCUCUACAUCUUCGUCUACGCGACAACCCUAAUUAACGUUUUACCACUCGGCAAUGGCCACCCGACGCUACCUGCACCGUUGGUUCUCUCAGGACUUAGCCUAGAUUGGCCUUGCCAAAGCACCAAGAACAUAUACGAGACCAGUGGUCGAUAUAUCGCUAGAAACGUGAUAGCCACCAGGGCCCAGAUAUACAAGGACCAAGCGAUCUUGGCUCUGCCACGCUAUAAACCAGGUGUCCCUUUCACUCUGGGUAUCCUCUCGUUGAAGUCGCAGAGCUGCGAGCCAAAGGUCGCCCCGUUCCCCUGCUGGGCUAUCCAGGAGGAAGGAAACUGUCAGGCUCUGCAGAGCGCCGUUGACAUAGUCUUGGACAUGCAGGACAUCCUCUGGGUCCUCGAUGUCGGAAUCGUCAACACCCUUGAGCAACCUGUACGCAGAUGUCCUCCUAAGGUCGUCGGAGUCAGCGCUAGAACUGGAAAGGUUGUAAAAGUGAUCGACCUAAGCACGUUAGUAGACUCGAAUUCGAGACUCCAGUAUAUGGCCGUCGACUACGCAGAAGAUGGCCAAGUCUACGUGUACAUCUCCGACGCUGGUACCGGUGCCAUAAUCGUCUACAACGUCACCACUGGCAGCGGGUAUCGCGUGGUUCUGCCGACAGCUGUAGCACCCAGGACUGACAAGCCCGAUGCCCUGUACUUAGCUCUCGUCAGAAGGAAAAGCUGCGGAUCCACGGUCCUCUACUUCACCUACCUAGGCUCCAGCAGAAUGUUCGCGAUCAAGGCGGUAAAUUUGAGAUCUGGCAACGCGAAUGGAUCCAUAGUGGACAUCGGUACGAAGAAGAACAAGAUCGUGCUUCUGGGUACUGACAAUGCUGCCGCCAUCUUCUUCAGAAUUAAAGGCGACUCCAGUAUUUACAUGUGGAACACGGACACUUCUUUCACCCAAGACAACUUCCUGUUGGUCGAAAAACCUGGCGAGUGUCGACUGCCGACAGCAGUCAUUCCCGGUUACAAGGGCCUGAUGUGGGUGAUCGAGAGUAAUUUCCAAGACUAUAUCGACAAUGCUGUCAGCUGCACAGGAGCGUCCGUGGCAGUCCAUCCUCUAGUGAACUCAUGCGCCGAUUAG